AAUUGCAACCUUUGACCUUUCAUUGCAUUCUUCGAAACCACAAGAUAUCGAAAGUUACCCUUCUGUCUAGGGUAUACAUUUUGAUGCGCUGGUUUGCUGUACUGGAUAGAUCUAGGUAUAGCAAGCUUUCCAAUCCAGGCAAAUAAACGAUCAAGAGCAAUAGAAACGGUAGCUGCUAUAAUCCCCAAGCAAAGGUCAAGAACCCAGGACAUUAAAAGUGACCCUGUUGACCUUGAGUCUUGACUUACCUCCUCUGAUAGAAUGACUACAAAGAAGAUAUUCCUAUGGACUGCUCCACGCUGUGUCUCCACAGCUUUUGAGUUCUCUUUCAGAACACUCCCCAAUGCAAUGGUCUUCCAUGAGCCAUACAAUGCCCCCUACUAUGCUGAAAAUCCUGUUAAGGACAUUGACAUGGACGAAAUCAAUUCUGCUACAACCAAGAUGUCAACGUACAAGGAUGUAGAAGAUGCACUACUACGCACAUACUCAGGCAAGAACCUUAUUUUUACGAAGUGCCUUGCGUAUACAUUGAGUGGAAAAUUUGAUACUUUGCUGAAAGACGGCAUGAAAGACUCUGUCCACACUUUUCUAAUACGUGACCCAACAAAAGCUGUAGCAUCAUCAUUUCGUAAUUUCUCCAGUCCAGAGGCGUGGUCUAAAGUACGCCAUAAUGGGGAUCUCGGGUUUCAUCAAUUACGAGAUCUAUACAACUUCGUCAAAGAGAACAUUACUCCCAAUCCAAUUGUUGUGGACGCUGACGAUUUAUUGGAGAAUCCUGAGGGCAUCCUUAAUGCAUACUGUAAAGAAGUUGGUAUUGAAUUCAAAGAAGGAAUGACUCGAUGGGAAUCUGGCUCCAUGAAAACGAAGGAAUUCAUUGAACAGAAGGGAGGACAUGCAGAGAGUCUAAAGUGGCAGGAGAAUGCCUUACAGAGCAGUGGAAUAUCAAAGUCUGUAGCACACUCCGAUGUCCUACAAGAGGUUGAAAGUUUCCCUGAUGAAGUGAAGCAAUGCAUUAAGGAAUUUCGAGUGGUUUAUGACGAAAUGUACAAGUUUCGUUUGGUGUUGAGAGAUUGAGAGCAUGCAUGCAUGCACUUACAAUUCUCAACGUUGACACUUUUAUAGAGAUCUAUAUAUAUUACAUGUACAUGUACAUGAUUGUACAAUUUAUACUGGGUAUUUGUACUCAAUCUACUGUGUGUUAUCAUAUCAUGCAAGGGCGUAUUGACCUUGGGGCUAUAUCAUGUCUCCUAGUAAAAUACAUAUGUGCAUACAUACAAAAUAUAUAUGUGUCAAUUCAA